AUGGGCCCAGGUAAAUGUACAAAGCUUCUACAUUCAGAUUCAGAACUGUGGUUCUGUAUCUUUGCAGUUACUUCAUCAGAGGCGACACACAGAUGUGGCCUGCUCUGCCUCGGCCCUCUGACCUUCCACCGCCAGGCUGUGGGCGACAUGGUCCGCCUGAGUCAGGGGGGUCGACUGGCCGAGAAAACCAAGAACACUUUCAGGGACGGUCUGGUGUUCAGCAGCCGCACAGUCAAGACCCAGGAGAGGAUUUGUCUGAGGGUGGAGAGAGAUUCGUUCAACUGGAACGGAGCUCUGCGUGUUGGCUUCACCAACGUGUCGCCCUCAUCCAGGUCUCUGCCUCUGCCCUCCAUGGCCAUCCCCGACCUCACCAACAGGCCUGGACACUGGGCUGCUCCUGUUCCUGAGUCCUUGUGUGAUGCAGGUUCAGAGCUGGAGUUCUGGGUUUCUUUAAGCGGCAGCAUAUACAUCUCAAACAACAGAGAGUGGAAGUUGUCAGAAAGAGUGGACCUCAGCCAGCCGCUGUGGGCCAUGAUAGACAUCUAUGGACAGACGAGCUCCAUUCUCCUCCUGGGCUCUAAGAUAAAAGGGUUUUGCACUAGAAGAUCCUGUCCUGCUCCUGAACCCAUCACCUCAUCUGAUGUUUCCAGCCUCAGUGGAAGCACUGAUGACUGCAUCUCCUGUCUGGACAUGGAAAUCUCAGCAGAUAAAGUCUGUGUGGUUUGCAUGGGGAGAGAGGCUUCAGUCCUGCUGCCUUGUGGCCACCAGUGUUUGUGUCUCCGCUGCAGCUCCAGAGUCUGCCAGCAGUUUGGUAUCUGUCCAUUGUGUCGACACAAGACCAGCAGCACUGGAUCAGAGGAGGUCUGAGCUCCCGGAUGUAGAUAAGAACCAGCAAAUACAAGCUACUGAGAGACUGGAAGUGAGGAAACACUGUGAAUAGAACUUACUGAAUGUGUCCUGGUGAAGGAGAAUAAAUGUUGGAGAUCUUUGCUGCAACGUCCCUGAUUGAAGUCCAACCAGGAAACUUUGUCCCAUGUUGUUCUCCUCAUUUUUUCUUCUCAUGUAAAUGCUGUACAACUUGUGAACAAAAAACAUGAUAGUAUUGUCAGAACUCUUGUGUUUUCUAUUGUAUAAAAUGUAUAAAUAUUUGUUUUUUGAAAUUACUUUGUAAUUUCUAAAUAAGGGUACAGGUAAACAGUGAAGUGAGCCUCUGCCUUAUGAGAAGAUAUUUAUUGCACUCACAACAAAAUGUGUAA